UAAGUGCAAACACUGUCUACUGUCUAAUAAGGCCUAACUUACGCGGCGGUGGGUUCCAUUAAAUCUAUUUUAGUAGUGAUAAGUGGAGGUGACCGUUGACACAGCAUCGCGCGUGUCCGCUGACCGGGCGCAUCUAUUUUCAGUUCUGGAGGGGGAGGAAGGUGUGCAACUCACCCCCAUCCGCGCUCAGAGGUGGGACAAACCGAACUCCCCUAUCGUUUGACGCUGGAUAGCUAACCCGGAAACAGCGGCAGCAAAUCGCUGUUCCCUUUCUUUGAGCCCGUACCGCUGCUUGUAGCGUGGUGUCCAGCCGACGGUUGCCGUGUUUCUCCGCGAGCAUCAAGAGGCUGACCUCUGCUGGAGGACUGUGACCCCGGGGCCACCUGCCAGGCCGGGCCUCCCUGCUCCUGCCAGACACACAGCUCCACUGCUGGUAUCAUAACAUGGGGAACCUACUGAAAGUUUUGACAUGCACAGAUCUGGAACAGGAGCCCAAUUUUUUCCUCGAUUUUGAAAAUGCCCAGCCCACAGAAGCAGAGCGAGAGAUUUGGGAAGAGGUGGAUGUGGUGCUGAAGGACGCGAAGGCGAUCCUGGACGAGUUGCAGGCCUACAAGGGAGCGGGGCCGGACAUCCGAGAGGCGAUCCAGAAUCCAAACGAUGAGGCGUUGCAGGAGAAGGCGUGGGCGGCCGUGGUCCCCUUGGUGGGAAAGCUGAAGAAGUUCUACGAGUUCUCGCAGAGAUUAGAGGCAGCGUUGCACAGCCUCCUGGGUGCUCUGACCAGCGAGACUUACAGCGACCCGACUCAACACCUGGAGCGGGAGCAGGCGCUGGCCAAGCAGUUCGCAGAGAUCCUCCACUUCACGCUGCGCUUCGACGAGCUUAAAAUGACAAAUCCAGCCAUUCAGAAUGACUUCAGUUACUAUAGGAGAACACUGAGUCGAAUGCGGAUCAACAAUGUACCGGCAGAAGGUGAGAAUGAAGUCAACAAUGAAUUGGCCAAUCGGAUAUCUCUCUUCUACGCCGAUGCCACGCCCAUGCUGAAGACGUUAAGUGACGGCACAACGAAGUUUGUUUCUGAGAACAAGAACCUGCCCAUCGAGAACACGACGGACUGCUUAAGCACGAUGGCGAGCGUGUGCAAAGUCAUGCUGGAAACACCGGAGUAUCGCAGCCGUUUCACAAGCGAGGACACGGUGUCCUUCUGCCUCAGGGUGAUGGUCGGGGUGAUCAUCUUGUACGACUACGUCCAUCCCGUAGGAGCGUUCGCCAAGUCGUCCAAAAUCGACAUGAAAGGCUGCAUCAAAGUCCUCAAAGAUCAGCCGCCAAACAGCGUAGAAGGCCUUCUCAACGCUCUCAGGUACACAACCAAGCAUUUAAACGAUGAAUCAACCAACAAGACUAUCAAGAGCAUGCUGCAGUAGGACUGAGCUGCUAGGACUGCUGAAGGGAGACGCCGCUCUCUCGAAUGUCGCUGCACAGAAUGUUGUCUUUUUUUUUUUUUUUUUUUCCUUUGUUUGCUUUUUUAAAUGGAAAAGAGCUACUGCUCCGCCCUCUUUUAUACUGCAAAAUGCUACUGCCAUUGUAAACGUCUUUUUUGGUGCCAAAAAGAUGUCGCUGAUAUGUAAUGUUUUCGAUAAAAGCCCAUGCCGCUAUGGCAGCUAAUGAAAGCAUUGUGGAUGCUCCGGUUUUUAUUUUAAACAUGUCUUCUUUUUUUUCCCUGUGUAAGGGGACGGGAGUUCUGACUUGAAAAUUUAAUACAGAGAGAUAUAUAGAGACGUAUAUAUUAUUUUUGGUUGAUUUGUUAUUUAAUUCCAUCUUCUGCAUGAUUACGAAACAAAAUAGUCUUUUCCUUGUAUUUAAAGUAAAACAAAACAAAAGCAAUGGUUCCUCUUAAUUUGUCUGCUCUUUUGUGCUUUCAUAAUUAAAUGUUUUGUUAUUGAAAUGGUACUUGUUGAAUUGAGAUUAAGAGUACUGUUUUUAUAUUUUUUAUAGGUUUUAAUUUGUGCAUAUGUCUUUUUUUUGUUUUUUUUUUAGUUGUGUUGUAUUUUUUAGUUGAAAACUUUAAACUGUGAUACGUUCAAAAUCAAAUUAAAACUGGGAGUGUGUACUGUACAUGCACAGUAUGUUGUGGCUGGAGAAAUUAAAAGGAGAACUCUUGUUUUCUACGA